AUGAUCAUUCCCCGAUAUGAUCUUGUUGUCGAUCUAGGCCCAAAAACUCGUGUUAGAGAUGAUUUUGUUGUCGAUCUAGGCACGGACACUCAUGUUGGAGAUUAUCUUGAUGUGGAUCUAGGCAAUAACACUCGUGUUGGUAACGAUCAUGUUGUCGAUCCAAGCCUAAAAACUCGUGUUGGAGAUGAUUAUGUUGUCGAUCUAGGCACUAACACUCGUGUUGGAGAUUAUCUUGUCAAUCUAGGCACUAACAUAAGUGUUGGUGAUGAUCUUUUUGUCGAUCUAGGAACUAACACUCGUGUUGGAGAUGAUCUUUUUGUCGAUCUAGGCACUAACACUCAUGUUAGAGAUGAUCUUGUUGGGGAUUUAGGCACUAACACUCGGGUUGGAGAUGAUCUUGUUGUCGAUCUAGGCACUAACACUCGUGUUAGAGAUGAUCUUGUUGUCGAUCUAGGCACCAAUACAUGUGUUAGAGAUGAUCUUAUUGUUGAUCUAGGCACUGACACCCAUUUUGGAGAUGAUCUUAUUGUCAAUCUAGGCAUCAACACUCAUGUUAGUGAUGAUCAUUCCCUAACAAAGACAAUCAUUCAAGAUUCCUAUAUUGUCAUUUCCUUUCACUUAUCAAAUGACAAAAUUUAG